GUGUGUUGGACAAAGAGGCGUUAUGUCUACUCGCCGCUUGUUGCACUCUGAUAAAUGCAAUCAUACCACCUACUGGGAUACACGAACAUGCGUGUCGUGUCCUAUAAAACCAGGAUACCAAGUCACACCUAACUGUGGACAUGAUGACGACGGAGGACAACACGAAGUCGGCAACGAAGAGUGCAAAGAAAACACUUUUAAUGAUGGAAGCAAAGCAUUUUGUCGACCCUGUGGUUCAUGUCGACCCGGGUUUAAAGUGUCGAGUCCGUGCACGACAACUAAUGACAUCCAGUGCGAAGAUCCAGGAAGCGGAACGACCGGAGUUCCUGUCACAGUACCAACAUCGAAGCAUGUUUCAACUUUUCUCAGCAUUAGACCAACGACUCAGAUAAACGAAGAGGGUACUUUCCCACCCAGUCCAGGCGCACCAAUGUGGGCGGUACCGUUAGUCAUCCUAAUUUCCAUCACACUUGUUGUGAUCUGCGCUUGUCUUAUCUUCAGGAAGCGGAAAAGAGGACAGCAGACAGUGUUGAGUUACAGCAGAAGAUCUUCCUACGUCAAUGCAGGGUUCGCCCCCCUGUCUGCUCCAACUGGUAACAAUGAUCAGAAGGGCCUCCUCAGUCCCAACGUCCUGUCAGCACCUUUACAGACCGUGCUGGACAACCUGGAUGUUUUGGAAGAGCUGGUGAUAUUGCUGGAUCCAGAGAGCCAUGGAGUUAAAACCACCAAACAUCUGGCGUCUCACUGCUCCUUCCCUGCCACCUGGAUCACUUACACCUACUCCAUGAAGGAGAGCAAGAGCCCGCUGAAAGCCGUGUUUGAGGGGGUCACCAGCAGGCACCCCGAGUGGACAGUGGGGCACCUGGCUAAGCUGCUCGGACAUAUGAAGCGCUACGAUGCCAUCGCUGUUCUCGCCAAACUUGAACUGAACGUGAUAGAGAUGUAACAUUCCUUCCACCAUAGUACUAGGAGCAGUGGGCAGCUGUUGUAAUUGUAUUGAGCAAUGGGGAGUGUCCGGUGCCUUGCUCAAGGGCACCACGGCAGGGCCCAGGAGGUGAACUGGAACCUCUCCAAGUACCAGUCUACACUCCAUAUUUUAAGUCUUUACGGGGACUUGAACCAGCGACCCUACGGCUCAUUGCCGUAUUGCUUUUCAUCAUUCUUUUUUCUACUUUAACCUUUUCAAAUAAAAAAAAUAGAAAUGUA